GUGGACGUCAUCUUCAUGAGACCUGCUGCGCUUCAUCACAAGCGAGAACAAGCUCUCGUCAAGAAUGGCCUCUAAAAAGGGGAAUAAAGUUGUGAAUCAAGAGGAGCUCAGGCGCUUAAUGAGGGAAAAACAACGGAAAACUUCAGACAAGAAGCGAGUGGAGUCUCCUUUUGCCAAAUACAACAGCCUUGGGCACCUUAGUUGCGUCUUGUGCAAUGUGCAGGUGAAGUCUGAACUUCUAUGGCCAACUCAUGUCCUGGGAAAACAACAUAAAGACAAGGUUGCGGAACUUAAAGGGGCAAAAAGUCAGCCCGUGACACCACAAAGUCUACCAGUAAAGAGGAAAACACAGGAUAAUGCCGACGUUGUUGAGAAAAAGGCGAAACAUUCGUCGGCUGCAGGCCAAUCGUCGUCAGGGCUGCCUGGAGACUUCUUUGAGAAACCUAGCGGAAAGGAAGAACAUGCUACCAAAAAGUCUACAGGUCUGAGCCUUUUAGCUGGAGUUUAUGAUGAGGACGAUGACGAAGAAGACACUGAAAAGACAGGAAUCGCAGAUCCCCCCCCAGAAGGAUUACCAACUGAUUUCUUUGACAGCUCAAUCCCAUCCACACCCACCAUCUCCCAUUCAGGCUCCAUCCUCAAAGCAGACGAGCAGGAGAAAACCGCAGAAAAGAAAGAUAACACAGCCGAGGCCCUGCCUGAGGGCUUCUUCGACGAUCCUGUGAGAGAUGCUAAAGUGCGCAACGUUGACGCGCCCAAAGAUCAAAUGGACAAGGAGUGGGAAGAGUUUCAGAAAGAGAUUCGGCAGGUGAACACAAAAUCAGACGCUAUCGUGGCGGAGGACGACGAGGAAGGCCGUCUUGAACGUCAAAUUGACGAAAUUGAUGAACAAAUUGAGUGCUAUAGAAGAGUUGAGGUACUGAGAGAUAAGCGGGAUGUGGUGAAAAGCAAGUCACUACCCAGAAAAGAGGAACAAAUGGAGAUCGAAGCAAGCAAUGAGGAGGAAGAGGAGGAUGAAGAGGAGCUACUGGGACUUUUGUCUCGAGACUGGAGGGCUAAAGGAGCACUGGCCUGAAUAUCUUUACUUUGUCAAGAAUGCAAAUACAAUUCUGAGAGGAAUCCAUAAAGUGUAAAUAUGUUUGUUAGAAGACCUUCACCGCCUGUUUUUUUGUAUGUCUCUGACCUGAUUAAAUGAGCUGCUGUGAUGUUAAACAGUCUGGUAAA